AGAAGCACAAUAAUAGACCAUUACUGUGAACCACAGUAAUGGUCUAUGGCCAGUUUAUUUCAAAAUAUUUGCUUAUAUGUUAAUGAUAUGUGAUGAAGGUGGAGAAGAAAUAUGUAUUUUAAAAAAUAUAGUGAGGGUGGAGGCACACUUAACGAUUGUUCUUAAUGAAAGCACUAUGUUUUUAAUAAAAAUUAAUUCCAAACGCUUGUUUCUUUCUCAGUAGUCCCCUACUACUUUUACAGGUUCCCUUGUUUUCUCACAAGCAAUCACCUUCCAGUGUGUUUACUAGGGUGUCAAUGUACGAGAGAUAAAGACAUGAAAAUAAUAAAUUGUUCCUAGUUUAAACACUCAAUCUAACAGAACUCGAUAAGCAAUAUUUUAAUUAAGCAGAACAGUUUUAAUUCAUUCGUAUAUAAUUGAUUACUAACAACAACCGUUCACAACAAAUACAUAAAAUAUUAUGGCCUUCAACAAUCACACAAAACUGUGUGAGUGUAUUUACUAAAACGAAGCCUUCUAUCAAUAAAAUGUUGCGAUAAACUCGCGCUGCCUCAUCUAGAAAAAGCAAGGGCUACUGCCAUUACGUGUCUGUACAAUGAUAAGUUUUUAUUUCUAAUCGUUGAAUAAAAUAUUAAAUUAGUUGUUUGUACUAGUUUAUUGUGCGGUACAAAGUGUGUUAGGCGCGUAGUGCAACCAAAACUCCCACAGUAGCAAAUCCUAAUUAGUUAGUGAUUCCAAAAUGCCUACAAGGUCUGAAUAUAGUGAAAAAGAGGCAUGCGAACCUUUGGUGAUAAAAACAGGAAGCCUCUCGACUACCAAGAUUGAAGACUCCAGCUGUAAACCCAUCGAUAAUGUUAGAAGAAAUAAAAGUGUUAUCUUGUUAGAACAUAAAAAGAAUGAUAAAAACAUGGUGAAAUGGAAAUUGGUACCACCUGAUGGCGGAUGGGGGUGGUUGGUGCUAUUCGGAGCCACGAUGGUCAACAUUUUGGUGCCAGGCACUAUCAAAUCUUUUGGAGUUCUCUUUGUUGAAUUCUUGGAAGCAUUCGAUUCAACCACAGCAGAAGGAAUGUGGAUACCAGCUCUGUGUUAUUUUUUGUAUAGUUCUUUAGGUCCAGUUUCGAGUAUACUUUCAGUAAGAUAUUCUUACAGAUUAGUAACAAUUCUAGGAGGUAUUUGUGCUGCUGGAGGAAUGAUACUAAGUUUUUGGGCCAGCUCUGUAUAUUUUCUUUAUGCAAGCUAUGGCGUUUUAGUAGGAAUUGGUGCAGGAUUGUCAUUUCCACCAACUGUUUAUAUAGUCUGCAGCUACUUUCUCAAAUUGAGAGGAGUAGCUAAUGGAAUAUGUAUUUCUGGAUCUGCAUUUGGAUCGAUUAUAAUUCCUCCUAUACUUCGUAUAUUGCUAGUUACAUACGGAUACAGAGGUGCUGUGCUACUCAUGGGCGGACUUACUUUGAACGUUUUUGUAGCUGCAUUGUUUUAUGAUAGAGUAGAAAAGCACAUGAAAAAAGAACAAGUUACUUCAGAUGAAGAAAAUGAGGAAAAAAGAGCCAAGUUUACUAUAAGUAAUAACGAGAGUUUAACAUCUCUCCACAAUACACCUCAAAACGAUUCAUUUUUGGAGCAUAUAGAAAAGGCAACCGAAAAUUUUAAUCGCAGCGCAUCAAGUGUAGCUAUGCAAAAUAUACAACCUCAACAAAGAGAAAGAAAGGUGAGCAUGCCUCAAAGUCGACAAGAAAUACUCAAAGCAAAAGCUAAAGAAAGUAUGAACAGUAAUUCCACACUACAUCCUGUAUCAGAGAAAGGUAAUAGUACAGCGAUGGAUUUUUACUCCCAAACUCGUCUUCCAAGUAGUAGGCGUAGAUCUAUCGCCCCUCCCAGAAGUACUUCAACUAGCUCUUUCCAAUAUGUUAGUACUCCUUAUCACGGAAGUACUUUAACCUUACAGCCCGAAAUUUUUGCAAGUUCUUUUAGCUUACGUUCCAAUAAAUCCAAAACUAUUCUUGAAGAAGAGGUUCAAAAACCCCAGUUACUAGAUUUAAGUCUUCUCAAAGAUCCUAUUUAUUUAAUUAUUUUAAUUUCCAAUGCGACAAAUGCUAUUAGUUAUACUAACUUCAUUAUAUUGCUUCCAUCUUAUGCCAAAUCUUUAGGUUUUGACAAAGACCAAGGUGCUAUGCUGCUAUCAAUAGUAUCGGCAUUUGAUUUAGUUGGUCGAAUAGGUGGUUCGGCUUUAUCUGAUUUAACUUCAUUUCCUAAAUGUUACUAUUUUGUCGGUGGACUUUUAUUAUCUGGCAUUUCUCUAAGUUUAUUGCCACUUUUUAUCAACUAUUGGAUAAUUGCAGCCUUUUCUGCUAUUUUUGGUCUAGCAUCUGGUACAUACGUGGGUAUUACAGCUAUUGUUAUGGCUGAUAUGCUAGGAUCAGAAAGAUUGCAGUCAACUUAUGGUAUGGGGCUGUUUGUCAACGGUAUUUUGCAAUUAAUAGGUCCCCCACUGUGUGGAUUGUGGUACUCUCAAGUUAAUUCAUUUGUAUCACUUUUCAUUUGUCUAGGCAUUGCUCUAACUGCUGGUGCAAGUUUAUGGAGUAUUAUUCCUUGUAUUGGAGAAAAAAAAUAAUGACAUUACAAUUAUGAAUACUCAAACUGCACUUUUAAAUUCCAUAGUACAAUUCACUCCAUUUAUUUUAAUACUUAUUUGUACUUAUUUUAGAUUUUAUUAUUAAGGAUUGGAAUUAAGAUGGCAUUUUUAUAUUAUUUAAGUUAUCGUAACUUAAGGGGUGUAUUUCAAAACUAUUUUUCAUCGUUAGUUGUCAUAUUUUAAUAUACAAAAAAGAUGCAACUUUCAAUUCAAAUUAUUCACAGUUUCAAUGCAAUUUAUAAGGUAACAUUACAAAGUUUGCCUAAAUUGUUAGUUCUUCUCUAUCAUUAAUAGCUUUCUUAUUAAUAGCUUUCUUCUUCUUCUUCUUCUUCUUCUUCUUCUUCUUCUUAUACAACGAAAUAAAAAAGCUAUGAAAAAAUAUAAACAAUUCAAAUAAAAUAACUUCUAACUAAAUUCCAAAGUAACUGUGAUUAAUUCGAAUUUAGUGCUGCUUAUUUUUUGUGUUUUAAAAUGUGACAUUUGAAAAAAACAUAAUUGUAUGGUACAACCCAGAUUUCCUUUUGAUAUUCAUCUAUUGAUUGAUUUAAUAAUACAAGUUGUUAAUGUUAGAUUAUAUUUUGAUAAAGACCGAAAUUAGGUGGAAACGUCAAAGAUAAUUUCUAUAAAAAUACAUAUACAUUAUACACGACCAUUUACCUACGAACAUAUGUAUAUAGAACUAGAAUAUUGGAGAUUGCAGCAAAUUUGGAACUGAUAACUCUUUAUAAAAAGAGUUUAUCGAUUCAAUAUGAAUGAAUGACGAAUAUUUAAGUAUUCGAAGCCUCGGAAUAUAUAUUAAAAAGAGCACA